GCUGUAAAAUGGGCCCCGAACCCAGACGUACGGUAUUGGAGAGCAAGGGAGAGAGAGAAUGUAGAGAGAAGAAAAAACAAAAGCUCAAAUACAGGGAAAACAAAUAAUCUCUACCUCUCUUCUUCCUCCUCAUUGUUUCUCAGCUUAUUUCCACCGUCGAUCGACCUCUUUCCGGUCAUUCUAUAACCUUCCAUUGUUCUCUGUAGAGUGUAGAGCCUCCAUUUUUUCUCUCUCUGUAGUUGGUAAGCUAGUCAGAAGUAACAGAACCCGCCCCGCCCUCCGUUUCCGAUGGAGUUGUACGGUCGAAACCCGACACGGAGCGUGUCGCAAUCGGUUCACCAGCCCGAAUGGAGCCCCGCCGGUCCCGGAACUGGCUUGGAAGAAUCGAUGUGGCAGUUGUCGUUGAGAGGUACUGAAUCGUACCCGGAACGGCCUGGGGUACCUGACUGUGUUUACUACAUGCGAACCGGUCUAUGCGGGUACGGUACUAGGUGCCGGUACAAUCACCCUCGCAACCGUGCUGCGGUUGAGGCUGCUGUAAGAGCUACAGGGGAGUACCCUGAACGACCUGGGGAACCAGCAUGCCAGUUUUAUUUAAAAACCGGGACUUGUAAAUUUGGUGCAUCCUGUAAGUUUCACCAUCCAAAACACGGAGGUGGAUCCUUUAGCCGUGUUCCACUUAAUAUAUAUGGAUAUCCAUUACGACCGGACGAGGAAGAAUGCUCCUACUAUUUGAAAAUGGGGCAGUGCAAAUUUGGUGUUACUUGUAAAUUCCAUCAUCCUCAGCCAGCUGGCACAUCAAUGCCAGCAUCUGCACCUCAAUUUUAUCAGUCGGUGCAGUCUCCUUCGGGUACUAUGCCUGAACAAUAUGGGGGAGCAUCCACCAGUGUGAGAGUGACAAGGCCUCCACUAAUGCCUGGUUCAUAUGUUCAAGGGGCUUAUGUUCCUGUGCUCUUUUCCCCUGGAGUAGUUCCUAUUCCGGGUUGGAGUCAUUAUUCGGCGCCCAUAAGCCCAGCACUCUCUCCUGGUGCGCAACCGGCUGUUGAAGCAACUUCACUCUAUGGACUAACGCAGCUAUCUUCUUCAACACCCUCAUUUGUGAGACCCUAUUCUUCCUUGUCCUCUUCUACUGAUCCUUCAAGCAGUUACCAGAAGGAACAAACAUUCCCAGAGAGACCCGGUGAACCUGAAUGCCAAUACUAUUUGAGAACUGGUGAUUGUAAAUUUGGAUCAUCUUGUAGGUAUCAUCAUCCCAAAGACAGGGUUCUGCCACGAACAAAUUGUGCCCUCAAUCCAAUGGGACUUCCUUUACAUCCGGGUAUGCAGCCUUGUUCAUUCUACUUGCAGAAUGGACACUGCAAGUUUGGGUCCACAUGCAAAUUCGAUCACCCUGUGGGAACAAUAAGAUUUAGUCCAUCAGCAUCAUCUCUAAUUGAUAUGCCGGUUGCUCCUUAUCAAAUUGGGUCUUUACUGGCUACAUUGGCACCUGCUUCAUCUUCUUCUGAUUUACAUCUGGAGCUUAUUCCCGGUCCUAAGAAGGAUUCUUAUUUGAGCAGAAUUCCUUCUUCUGCUGGCACAUCUAGUAGUUCGGUUGGUUUGAUUUUUUCGCAGUCAGGUUCCGUUCCCCUUUCCGAUUUGCAGCUUUCAAAUCAGAGUUCUGUUCCUCUAAGCAGUAGCAGAAGCACAAGACAGGGUGGCGAGGUUUGUGGCACAAAUUGAUGUAAAAUGCAAGAGCCAUUCUUCAUUACCUGGCAGAUAUGGGAGGUUUUUCUUCUUCUAUUAAUAGAUAUGAGUACAUUAUAGUCAACUGUGCAAAGUUACAUUUACCAGGUGCAAGGCCUAUCAACCAAUCUGCAUUACCUCAGAGUAGAACUGAAUUGUAUUUAUGCCUAGCUUUGUAUUUUUUAUUACCGUCAAAAUUAUCUGCAAUAAGCUGUUGUAGCAGAGUAUGUAGUAUACCUUCCAAAUAAUCACAACAUAAAGCCACCAUAUCAGGUUAGCCUGUGACUAUCCUUUGAGCUUGAUGUGUUAUGUACAUCAUUUUGCAAUGAACACAUGACCUGGAUUGUUCU